ACUGGGGGGCAGAAUUAAAGAAAGGACAGAGGGCAAGAGAACAUCCUCCUCUCCUCCUACUCAUCUUCAAGAAGGGGGAGAGAGGAGGGAGAGUUUUGGCUCCCUCCAGAAAAGGAAAGGAAGGGCAAGGCCUGCUGUACCCACCCCCCCCACCACACACACACACACACACACACACACAGAGAGAGAGAGAGAGAGCAGGCUAGACCUUAAGACUGUAGUCAGAGUGCACCUGUUCCUGGAUGCCCAGGCAUUGGUCUCCCUCCCCUUCCAGCUGUGAUGCCCCCAAUCCCCUCCAGCUGUAGCAUUCACCUUCUUCAUCCAGCUGUUGCAUCCUCCCCUCCCCCAUCUAUAUAUGGCUCUCUCCCUCCUCCUUCUUCCAUCUUCUCUGGCUCCCCUAACCCAUUCCCCCAGCUCAGGCCCUUCAAGAACCACUUCUCUUUGCCUCCACAUACUCCUCAAACUCCUUGGCUUAAAAAUAAGCAAGAAUCUUUCCACAGAGUUGAGACUCCUGAUAACCAUGGCCUUAGCUGAGGGGAGAGAAAACAAGGGGUCAGUGCCUCUAUAGACAGAGGGAGGAAAUGGUGUCCCUUAGAAUUGGGGGGAGGUCCCACCUUUUAGCUCUUCUACCUCUUGAGAGAAUAGGUAAGUGGACUUCAACCAGGAGGGUGUGCACAUGAGGUCUCUUCAUCCCUGCCAUGGUCCUCUCCAGCCACAGUCAAUAACUCCCUCUAAACAGCAUUUCCUGUCCACCUCUUAGGAUGAACUCCAGUGCUUUGGGAGCAUGAUUUUCAGCUAGAGAGUCAUACCAAGCUAGGCAAGCAGAAGGGAUUCAGGAAGUGCCUUCUUUAGUUUCUCUGGGUUUUAGGGCCCUGCUCCCUCCUAUCCCACAUUUAAGGGUGAAAAAAAACUAUCUGCCCUCUCAAGCCUGGCAUUGAUCCACUCACUCACAUUGGAGUCUGAGGUGAUCAUGCAGAGAAGACCAACAGUUUGAUACCCCAACUCCCAGCAUACAUAAAAACACAACUAAAUACUCAUCUCCUAAUUAAACCCAGUUAUGGGCAGAGGAGGCAGGGAGUUCAAGUUAAGGAAGUGGCUCAGGAUUUCCUAGGCCUCCUUAUGGCUAAGAAUGGCAGAACCCCUCUAAAAAACAAUUGCUAUUCCCUGUCUUUCCCUCCAUGGUGAUACUGUGGUAAAACCUGCCUUUGCCAAGAAGACCCUAAGCUCUAGUACCCACAGCCCUGGACUCUCCUAGUGGCUCAUCCUGGGCAGUCCUACGUCUCUCUGCUGCCAGGACCUGGGGGGAAAGAAAGGAUCAGGGAAUCAACCCCUUCAGGAGUCCCUGCUGAGGAAAAAAGAGGAUAGUGUUAAGAUGAUACCAGCAGGGGACAUAAGGGCUUCAUGAGGGGUUGGUUGACUCCAGAGACUGGUCUAGUUCAUUUGCUCCCAGGAGAACUUAGGGUCAUGUGUGUACUGGGGACAGGGGGAAGGAGACAGCAACAACACUAUUCCAGAGAAGGAUAAGGAUAAUGCAGGAUAAAUAGCCCUUGCCUUUUGAUUUCUUCUUUUUGCUCUCCUUUUUUCACCUUGCUUCUCUGCCUCCCUUUUCAACUGUACCCUACCUACUGCCUCUUGCUUUAAGAAAGUAAGAGAACUCAUAUUUUUAAAGAAUCUACUACUAUGUGUUAGACACUUUCCACACAGCUAAUGUUUAUGGGGAGCUUCCUACAUGCCAGGUACUGGGCCAAGAACUUUAUUUGGAUUAUCUCAGUAAUGCUUACAACAAGCCUAAGAGUUAGGUAGUGUUAUCAUCAAAAAACUAAUUUGUUCAGGGUCAAAAAGUUAGUAUGUGGCCAGAGCUAGGAUUCAAACUCAGGUCUGUCUGACCCAGAGCCUGUGUUUUUACCCACCACAUCUCAUCCUGCAUUACCACUAUGUGAGAGAAAUACCAUUGUCCCCAUUUAAAGAUGAAGAAACUGAAGUUAAGAUGACUUGUACUUGAGGUCACCCUGCUGGUAAGGAAUAGGGACAAGACCUCAACCUAAGCCUCUCUGAUUCUAAUCCUGGUCUCUCUCCACCACACCAGCCAGCCACCCUCCCCCUAAAGCACAGUUGUCCUCAGCUAAGUGCCAGGAAUGGAUGAAUACUCUGUAAUUUUUAUUGUCUCUUUUUCAAUUUAAGAUACAUUUAUUUUAAAAGUAAUUAAAACAAAUUACUGAAAUAUUAAAAAAUAUAAUAAGCCCAAAGAGGAAAAUAAAAACACCCAUAAUGCCACCUGCCUAAGAGCUGUGACACUUUGGUAGCUGUCCAUCCAGAUCUUUUUAUGUGCACGUUCAGCUCAGGAACCACUUGUUAAAAUAUGCUGAACUUCGUCCCAGUCCACCUGACGUCCUGAGUAGGAAGGAAAGGCCUGGACCAUCAUACCUUGCUCUUGUCUUCUUCUUCCUCUCAGACCUUAGUAGGUGGGACUGAGGGUGAUCUUGUGCCACAUGAUCAAGGUGAGGGUUUUAGUGGUGUAGCUGCUAGAGAGAGCAGAUUCCAAAGAGAAUUGGCCAGGGGGCAAGGAUGAAGCGUAGAGGAUCAGGCCUUCCCCUCUGUGCAGAGCAAGUAGAAUGGCAGGAUUUGCAGAGGAAGAACUGAAGAUCUGGGAAAGGAAUUAUUGCUGGGGGCUCUAGUACACCACUGCCAUUGUAACCUGGUUGCACUGGAACCUGGAGUCGAGAUUUGUCCUGGGGUACUAGAAGGUCGGAGACCAAGUCUCCCUUUAUCUGGUCAGGCAGAAGAGAUGGACUCUUCAGGAUCCACAAAGAAAGACCUGGUGUCCAGCCAACCAGGAAGACAAAGCAAGGAGCCAGGCAGCAUGCUCACUGCACUCCCUACAUCAUCCUACUUCACUCGCACCACCUGAUAAGGGCCCACCGCUGACCACCACACCGGGGUCCAGAGGCCAUGGCCUGCCUCCAUGAGACCCGCACCCCCUCCCCUUCCUUUGGGGGCUUUGUGUCGACCCUCAGCGAGGCAUCCAUGCGCAAGCUUGACCCAGACACUUCUGACUGCACCCCCGAGAAGGACCUGACACCAACCCAGUGUGUACUUCGAGACGUAGUGCCCCUCGGUGGGCAGGGCGGGGGUGGGCCCAGCCCCUCCCCAGGUGGAGAGCCGCCCCCUGAGCCUUUUGCCAACAGCGUCCUGCAGCUACAUGAACAGGAAGCAGGGGGCUCAGGGGGAGCCGCUGGGUCCCCUGAAAGUCGGGCAUCCAGAGCUCGAGCUGAUGAAGUGCGGCUGCAGUGCCAGAGCGGCAGUGGCUUCCUUGAAGGCCUCUUUGGCUGCCUGCGCCCUGUCUGGACCAUGAUCGGCAAAGCCUACUCCACUGAACACAAGCAGCAGCAGGAAGACCUCUGGGAGGUCCCCUUUGAGGAAAUCCUGGAUCUGCAGUGGGUUGGCUCAGGUGCCCAGGGUGCUGUAUUCCUGGGGCGAUUCCACGGGGAAGAAGUGGCUGUGAAGAAGGUGCGGGACCUCAAGGAGACUGACAUCAAGCACCUCCGAAAGCUGAAGCACCCCAACAUCAUUACCUUCAAGGGUGUGUGCACCCAGGCUCCCUGCUACUGCAUCCUCAUGGAGUUCUGCGCCCAGGGCCAGCUGUAUGAGGUACUGCGGGCUGGCCGCCCUGUCACCCCCUCCUUGCUGGUUGACUGGUCCAUGGGCAUUGCCGGUGGCAUGAACUACCUGCACCUGCACAAGAUUAUCCACAGAGACCUCAAGUCCCCCAACAUGCUAAUCACAUACGAUGAUGUGGUGAAGAUCUCAGAUUUUGGCACUUCCAAGGAGCUGAGUGACAAGAGCACCAAGAUGUCCUUUGCAGGGACAGUAGCAUGGAUGGCCCCUGAGGUGAUACGCAAUGAGCCUGUGUCUGAGAAGGUCGAUAUCUGGUCAUUUGGAGUUGUGCUGUGGGAACUGUUGACUGGUGAGAUCCCCUACAAAGAUGUAGACUCCUCGGCCAUCAUCUGGGGUGUGGGAAGCAACAGUCUUCAUCUGCCAGUACCCUCUAGUUGCCCAGAUGGUUUCAAAAUCCUCCUUCGCCAAUGCUGGAACAGCAAACCCCGAAAUCGUCCAUCAUUCCGACAGAUCCUGCUGCAUCUGGACAUCGCCUCAGCUGAUGUGCUCUCCACACCCCAGGAGACUUACUUUAAGUCCCAGGCAGAGUGGCGGGAGGAGGUAAAGCUGCACUUUGAAAAGAUUAAGUCAGAAGGGACCUGUCUACAUCGCCUAGAAGAAGAGCUGGUGAUGCGGAGGAGGGAGGAGCUCCGACACGCCUUGGACAUCAGAGAGCACUAUGAACGGAAGCUGGAAAGGGCCAACAACCUGUACAUGGAACUUAACGCCCUGAUGUUGCAGCUGGAGCUCAAGGAACGUGAGCUGCUCAGGCGGGAACAAGCUUUAGAACGGAGGUGCCCAGGCCUGCUGAAGUCACACCCUUCCCGGGGCCUCCUGCAUGGGAACACAGUGGAGAAGCUCAUCAAGAAGAGGAAUGUGCCACAGAAGCUGUCACCCCAUAGCAAAAGGCCAGAUAUCCUCAAGACAGAGUCUUUACUACCUAAACUAGAUGCAGCCCUCAGUGGGGUGGGACUUCCUGGCUGUCCUAAAGGGCCCCCCUCACCAGGACGGAGUCGGCGUGGCAAGACUCGGCACCGCAAGGCCAGCGCCAAGGGCAGUUGUGGGGACCUGCCUGGGCUUCGUACAGCUGUGCCAGCCCCUGAACCUGGACCAGGAAGCCCGGGGGCACUGGGAGGGGGGCCUUCAGGCUGGGAGGCCUGCCCCCCUGCCCUCCGUGGGCUCCAUCAUGACCUUCUGCUACGCAAGAUGUCUUCAUCAUCCCCUGAUCUGCUGUCCGCAGCACUGGGGGCCCGGGGCCGGGGUGCCGCAGGGGGAGCUGGAGAUCCUGGCUCACCCCCUCCAGCACGGGGUGACACCCCCCCAAGUGAGGGUUCAGCCCCUGGCUCCACCAGCCCAGAUUCACCUGGAGGAGCCAAAGGGGAGCCACCUCCACCAGUAGGGCCUGGUGAAAGUGUGGGGCUGCUGGGAACUGGAAGGGAAGGGACAGCGGGCCGGGGAGGAAGUCGGGCCGGGGCCCAGCACUUGACCCCGGCUGCACUGCUGUACAGGGCUGCUGUCACCCGAAGUCAGAAACGAGGCAUCUCAUCAGAGGAAGAGGAAGGAGAGGUGGACAGUGAAGUAGAGCUGACAUCAAGCCAGAGGUGGCCUCAGGGCCUGAACAUGCGCCAGUCACUAUCUACCUUCAGCUCAGAGAACCCAUCAGAUGGGGAGGAGGGCACAACUAGUGAGCCUUCCCCCAGUGGCACACCUGAAGUUGGCAGUACCAACACUGAUGAGCGGCCAGAUGAGCGGUCUGAUGACAUGUGCUCUCAGGGUUCAGAAAUCCCACUGGACCUACCUGCUUCAGGGGCAGUCCCUGGCCCUGAACCUAGCUCCUUGCCCAUCCCACAACAGGACCUACUCAGAGAGGAGCAGGGCCCUCCCAAUCCUGAGGAUUCAGACUGUGACAGCACUGAACUGGACAACUCCAACAACGGCGAUGCCUUGCAGCCUCCAGCCUCCCUCCCUCCAUGAAAGCCACGAUUAUUCCCUGUACAUAGAAAAAUAUUUAUAUAAAUAAUAUAUAUGCGCCACAUAAUCAACCGAGACAGGGCUAUCCCAGCCUUAAGUCAGCUCAAGGGAGACUGACACUCCCCACCCCUUACCAAUUCACCUGAUAACACUCUAGGGUUGCUGGCAGCUGUGGAAAUGACAAGUACUACCCUAGAGCUGUGGGUAAGGGGAAGCUGGCCCCCUUCCUGCUUCAACCCAUUCCUUAUGUUCAGCAAGUGGUUAGGCAAUAGAAAAAAGCCAGGCUUAUCGCCUAUGUUCCUCUAUACCUUUCACCAUCCCAGGGAGCAGGAGAGGGAACCACUUAGACCGCACUUUUUCUGUUUUCCGUUUACUCUGUUUACACAUUUUGCACUUGGGAGGAGGGAGACUAAGGCUGGGUCCUCCCCUCUGAGGUUUCUCAGGUGGCAAUAUAACUCAUUUUUUUGUCUUUCCAUUUCUCUGCCCAAACCCUGGCUAAGGGCCAUGGGGAAGGUUAGGAGACUGUGAUAGCAUGUGAUGGCUCAGGUUGAAGGGCUGGGGUACUGUUCAAGCCCCUGAUUCUAUCCUGGUGCCUGAUUUGGGUGGGGACUGUCAUAUUGUAACCCCUGUGAAAAACAAUGAAAUAUAACCACUCCAUGCAGGCACAGCUGUUGAGGGUUUUCUUGGUGAAUGAAUGGGGUAACAUACAUGGUAAGUAGGGGCCUUGGGCUCCUGACCUUAUCUGAGGACUCUGGACAAGUCACUUCCCCUUUUGUGCCUCUUCUCACUAAAUGAACAUCACUUCGAGCUCCAACCUAAACUUAUCUGCAAAAAUGGCAGGAAAUGCACCUAAAUGAUUUUAGUAGAAGGGCAGUAGAUCUUUAACACCCAGCCUUGUUAUGGAGAGAGGACUGUAAAUGAACAGUUAUUAUAACACAUAGAGGAGAGACAAGUUUUUAGUUUAAAAUGUGUAGGCCUGGACAACAUGAAUCCUAGCCAGCCAGGCAUGUUUGGCAGCUGCCACACGCAUGCGUGUCUAUUAGCCCCACCCCUGCCCAGUGCAAGCAGCAGUACUUGCCUACUACUCACAGAUAUAUCCUAGAAAAGACUAAUCCCCAACCUGUGGGGCACAAGUUUUACAGGGACCAACCAAGGGCACAACCAGCUGGCUAUAACUAUUAUGUCAAGAACAGACAGGAUUAAGAGCCACAAAAAAAGAUGGAGUGGUUAAACAGAAGAAAACAUCUUAAUUGGAAUAAAGACUUCCAUUUAAAACCCAAGCAGGGUCCUUGUCCUUUGAGAGAUAAAAGGUACAAAAAUAACAGCAAGACAACAGGAAUAAAACCCACAUGAAUCACUGUGGCAUCCAGUUUCUAUUCACAAAGGAAAAGCUCCAGUCCAUCUUUUAAUUUUUUUGAAAAAUUCCUGACAUUACAGAACUAAACUGAAAUGUAUUAAUAUUCCACUCUUACAUAUCCAUGACAAACAGAAAAAAAAAUUCAUGAGCCAAAAAAAAACAGGGAGAAGCUUAUAAAACUAAAUAUGGAUCUCAGCAUUAACAGCUGAACAAAGAAAGGAAUUAAAACGCUUUAAUUAAAAAAUCACGAGUGGAUGAUAAAGUGUAGAAACCGAAAAUUUACAAACUAUUUAAAACCUGGAAUCGCUGACUGUUCAGAAACGACACAGAUGGGUCAUGGGUGGUGGUGAACAGCAGAAAGGGAUUAUGGAUGGAUCUGCAUUGUUCUAGCUGCUCCCCAUGCCACCUGUCUCCGAGGAAAGCCUGCAACAGAAACAAAUGAGAACUCAAAAUUAGUUUUUCCAGUGCCCAGGUGCACCUCACCUCCCAAACUUUCAGCCUGGUUUGUGAAAUGUGAAGGAAAGUAAAUAACAAUCAGUGUUUCAGUACCAUGGGAGGCAUUUUAAGAUUUUUUGAAUUAAUCGGUACUGCGAUCCCUUUAACCCCUAUAAUCCAAGCUUUUUGAGACAAAUUACCUCAGAACUGAGGGGAAUAGAGCACCUUGGUCACCAGUUACUGUUGUCCCUUCAAAGUAUGUCCUUUGGAACCUUUGUUCCAAAUAUGAAACACACUCUCAAGUCUCCUUAGAGGGUGGUCACAAUGCACAAAAGCAUUGUUUCUUUACUGCUGAGCUUAUUUUAGCUCUCCUAAAUUGCUGCUAAAACAUCAGUUUAGGAAACAUUUAUCCGAAAGCCUAAAUGAGGCUAAUAAUCCUGAGACAGCUCACAGAAACCUUCCCUCUAGAAUAGCUGAGUUUCUCUACCAAUGGGUUAUUACGUAGAGGCGAUGCAGUUUUUAACACUAAGGGAUGUGAAAGAGGGAGCAAUAAUUCUGGAUCAAUAAAAAUACUUGUUUUUAGGACUAGUUUUCAGGAUUUAAUGGUGUUAGACAAAAUAAUUUCAGUUUCAACAUGUGCCUAGCUCAUUCUGGAAUCUCUUAAGUCUGUGGUAUUCUUGUAAACCAAUUCUCCAUCCAAAUAUGUCUGGCUACAACGCCAUUUUGUUUCAAAUAGGUCAUCGGAGAACCUGUAAUCCAAUUUUGGGCUUUGAGGGGAAGAUAUUUAGGUGUUCCACAUACUUCAUGAUUAUUAACUCCCAUUUUUAAUAGAACUGAAUGUUUAAGAUUCAGUUCAUAAUGUUACAUAAUAAACAUCGCAAGUUUACUGGAAUAACCUACUUGUGGUAUCUGGUCACAAGAACAUGACAAUCCCCAUGUGUAACUCUUCGACAACGCAAAGCCAAAAGCUGGCUACAAUAGGGAAAAACCAAGGGCCAGGGAAUAGAAAGGUUCUUCAGUAACAAACUACAUUUACUUUUAAGCCAGAAAUGGUUUCUCUACCUCAGCAUGAAGGGAAAUAUUUAGUCCUUCAUAGAGGUAGAUUCUUGCCAACUUCAAAAUGAGAUUGAUCUAGGGGGAAGAUAAAUAGCCCCUGAAUUAAAAAAGAGUUCAGUGGAAACUAUUUGCUAAAUGGAAUUUUUUAAAGGGCCAAGAAAGGACCUGCUGGGUACAGCUUAGAUCUAGGCCCUAAAAUAAUUAAGCUCAUACAAGAAGGUGACACUCUAGCCCCAAAGACCCUAAAAAGUUGAGAAAGAACUGUUCAGAAUUUAUGCAAAGCCUGAGCAGGGAUAUAGGGGCAGAGGCAAUGAGAAGAGAAAACCAAACUAGGAACAUGUCCAAAAGGACAUAUUUCCAGAUGGACCACAUAGGGGAGCUCUAAGCUUUUAAAAAUUUAACACCAAAUACCUCUGGAGGUGGUGAUGGUACUCUGCCCCUUAAAUACCUGGAUUCCUUCCCAUCAAUCCUUCCCUUAGGGAUUACUGGUUAGGUAAAGAGGCCUUCCAGUCAAGAACUAGAUAAAAUAAAAAACCAAGUCCCUGGUGGAAGAUGGGAUCAGCAUGACUAAAUCCUAACUACAGAGGAGAGCUUACCAAGGGAAAGCUGAACCACCCAAUAAGGGAGAAAAAAAACAAGAAAAAUCCUACCUGGACAGUGAAAUGGAAGUAUGCCUCUCCAAUCCUUCAUGCAGACUUGGGAUGCAUUUUUAACACUAAUUCACAGGCCCAAUCUGGGACUGACUGGCCAUAAUAACAUCAUAGAAUAAUAUACUGAAUAUACAUGAGCAGUAAGUCUUUUAGCAGUGUAAGCCAAAGGGAAUGUGGGAAAGGUCAUCAGUGAAAAAUCUCUGCAUCAAGUUCUCUAUGGCCCUGGGAAGGCCAAUACACUUUAAUUACCCUGGUAGUAUUUAUUCUGGUUGAAUGAAUGAAUAUCAGAGGUCUUCUACCAUUGUAUCUAGAGUACUUCUAUUUUUUUAUGGAGAGAGAACUGUGCCAGUCUUGGGAUAAGAAAAAGAAUAAGCUUCAGGGAGAGAUGUACAUUUGAGUAAAAGUAAAGUACGAACUGUUAGUUUUGCCUAAUUACUUAUGUGAUCUAUGAAUUUAAAUUCUUUAAGGCCUCUUUUUUUGUCUGUAAAAUGAAGGAACCGAUGAGUUACAAAUCAGUUCAUCCUUAAGGUUCUUUCCAAACCUAAGCCUGUAAUUCUCUACUCCUGAUAGCACUGGUGGGGGAAAGUGUAGCCAGGAAAUAGAAGGAAAGGUAAAGGAACUAUGUGGAAUCAUCAGAAUUGGUUUAGGACGACUGGACAGAAUCCAGAAACAUCUUGGGUGACACUAUAGGUUGACUGUUCAAGAUUUAUCACAGAAGAAGGGUAAUGGUAAUAUGGAGGACUGCAAACAGAAGCUGUCAGCCUUUCCCACCAUGUGCCCCACUCCCCGAAACCCUGGGCGAAGAGAUAACGUCUCUUUAUGUAUGCCCUGUAAAAGUUUUGCACGGUAAGCACUCACCAGGGUAAACAGAAGCCUGGAAUGGACACCCUUACUACCUGCUGUUGGCAAGGUAAGGGAACUGAGAAUUCAAAUAAACUGUUCUUCACUAAACAAGCUUCUUGUCAAUUAUGAAGGAUCCUCAUAAUCUAAACUGCCACAGGUCCAUAUUCCUUUGAGUAAAGAACUAUAAAAUUUAACCUGACAUAUAAAAAGGCCCAAGUCAGUUUUAUAGGCUUCCUAGUUGAGCAGCCACAGGUUUCACACACGUUCCCACCCCUUUACCCUUCACAGCACACAGGGCACUAGGUUCUUAGGUGGCAACUUUAUUACAACUAGAAACACCAAUCUGGCCAAGAAGGCCUGCUGAUAACCAUUAAAUAAUUUAAAAAAAAAAAAAAAAGAUCAACGGAUAA